UGUCCGUCCUCGCGUGUCCGUCCGCGCGGGUCCGUCCUACCUGAUUGGAGGAACGGCCGCGCGGCUCGUUCUCUGACAGGACGCCGAGCACGCUCCGCUGCCUGGACCCCUGGACCUGGAACGGCUUGGUCGUGCUGGAAGCCAAUGCAAGGAGAAAAACAACGUUACCAUGGUUACCACGGCUUAAUCAACAUGCAGAAACACAUAAUAGAGAGAUAAAAGGUGAAACAGGGGCCACAGACACACUUGUACCACAGCGCACAGCCCUUUACCGUGAAGCCCCCUACUACAGCGGAACUCACCGUGAGGAUCAGCGGACGCGGUCGUGAAAUCGCCGCUAACGUUUCCCGUUUGGAGACCAUCAGGCAGGAUGUCAGGGAUGGACGUCCCGGUGGUGGACCACAACGACACUGUGAUCUCCCCAAUAGCCAACGGCACCAUCCUCCGCUUCUCCCCGACCUCUGCCUCCACGUCGGCCGCCGCCUCGUCGCCGGGACGUCCGGCCAACGUCUACGUUUACGUGUGGCUCUUCCUCGGCCUGCUGGUUUUCCUGCUGACGCUCCUCAUCAUCUCCCUCCACAGGCUGAAGAACAUCAUCUCCUCGUCCUCCCCGGUGCCCGACUGCAGCAGCGAGGGGGGGAGCUCCUUCACCAACAUGGAGAUCUGCAGCAUCACAUCCCAGCGCUCCACCAUCUCAUCGCUGUCCACCUGAGAGAGGGGGUCGGAGGGAGUGUAUACACACACACACACACGCGCGCACACACGCGCGCACACACGCGCGCACACACACACACACACAUACAGGUGCAUUUUACACCAGCAUGCAUGCAGACACAGAGACCAGAGGCUCAGCUCCUCCUACUGUGACACACAAACAAAACGAUCACCAGCCGCAGCAGGAACCACGUGCGUUUGCUCUUCAUGCAUGCAUAUUCAGGAGCAGGUGGUCUAGUGGGUCAGGAGGCAGAGGACACACAACUCAGCGUGAUGAAGAGGUCUCAUGAGGGACUGGACCCUUCUGAGCCGGACUCUGAGACAAGCGAGACCUGAGAGGAUAAUGCAUUCCACCACUAUGUCACGUCACGCUAUAGAACAAGUACCACUGUUUGAAUGUGAAGCUUUGUACAGUAUGUCCUGAAGCAUCAUGUCUGUAGACCAAUGUACAGAAUCAGCAUUAAAAUAAUUUCCAAGGCC